AUGCCUACCAGUUCGUCCUUAUCCGACAAACCGAGACAAUCCUCGAACAGCAAAUCGUUCUUCGGGAGGAAGCUGCACAAGGAGAGACCGGGGGAAGAAAGACAUUAUGAGGGAAGCAGCGGGUACGAGUCGCUAGUGCCGCCGGCCAGCUCGACUGCAGGUUCUCGUUCGUCUCGACAUUCCAAACGGUCGUCGAUGCACUCGAUGGAGGCCCCUUAUGAGUCUGACUCAAGCGGCUUGGCGAUGACGGCCGGGGUGAUCACCUCCAUUCCCUUUGAUAGUCUUCCCGCGGAGACCAAGACCCCAGUCACAGUCGACUAUCUGUCCAGGGCGGGGGAGGUGUCGCCGCGGAAGGAACCCUCGCCAAACCACAUCGCAAAGAGCGGAGGAGACUUUCAUCAAUAUCCAGCGUGGAACCCCACUACGAGUCCACCUAACGGGCUUUCCUCUCAUCCCACUGGGCCCCGUCCGCCGCCGCAUGCCUCCAACAACGUUGGAAGUGCGUCGUCCUUGUCCAGCGACAAGGGACAUCGAUACCAGCAGUGGGCUCGACCGGGAAGCUCGGCAGCGAACACUGGGUUUAGCCACAAUUCAGCGUCAACCGUCGACUCCUCUUCGAAUUCUCGGCUGUCGUUCGACCAACAGAGCAUCUACUCGACUCUUUCCUCCAACACGCGGGGUUCUAGUUAUUUCUCCUCCGACGGGUCUUCUCGUACACUGACAACAUCCACUUCGGCGGACCGUGCAACCUUCUUUCCCAACGCACGCAUGUCGAUCGUCCAGUCUUCCUUACAAGCCAUCCAGCCCGCGGCAUCCUCCCUGGCGUCGUCUGGCAUCUCUCCCGAACAAUAUCUUACCCGUCCGAAAGACGACCAUAUUGUCGACGAGCUUUUCCUUGAGCUGAUGCAGAAACGAGGAUGGCAAAAUCUUCCCGAACAGGCCAAGAGGCAAAUGCUUGCAUAUCCCGCUUCGAAGAAGUGGACUCUGGUUCAUCAGGAUCGGUUGACUGAGCUGCAAGGCGAACAGAAGAGGCGCCAAAAUGCUCGACAGACUCAUGGAAAUGAUGGCCAUUCAGGGAUUCUGGAACGUGCCGAUGAGGAGGGCAGUCCGGAAUGGUAUGUGCGGAAAGUCAUGGAUGAUACAAUCACUUCCAAGCAACUCGCCAGCUUGAGUGUCAGUCUACGGACUCAGCCAAUUAGCUGGGUGAAAGCUUUCGUCGAAGCACAAGGCCAAGUGGCUUUGACAAAUGUGCUUUUGAAAAUCAAUCGCAGAAAGGUGUCUGGGCCGGUGCCUGCUCCGUCUGUCGACAAGGACCUCGACCGUGAAUAUGAUAUCGUGAAGUGUCUAAAGGCGCUCAUGAACAACAAGUACGGAGCCGACGAUGCCCUCUCACACCACCAGGUCAUUAUAGCCCUCGUGAGCUCUCUGCUCUCACCACGGCUGCACACGCGAAAGCUUGUCAGCGAGGUCUUGACCUUCUUGUGCCACUGGGCAGAAGGUCAAGGUCAUCAAAAGGUUCUACAGGCCAUGGAUCAUGUCAAGAAUCACCAUGGCGAGACGGGACGCUUCGAUGCAUGGAUGCGUAUUGUCGAAGUGACAAUAGACGGCCGUGGGAAAAUGGGAAGCUUGGUAGGAGCAAGCGAAGAAUACCGCAGCGGAGGCAUCGGCAUGGAGAACCUUUUGAUGGAAUAUGCCGUUUCUACCAUGCUACUCAUCAAUAUGCUCAUCGACGCCCCCGAAAAUGACUUGCAGCUGCGAUGUCAUAUCCGAGCCCAAUUCAUCUCAUGUGGCAUCAAACGCCUUUUGGCGAAGAUGGAAGGCUUUCAGUAUGAGGUCAUCGACAAGCAAAUUGAACGGUUCAAAGAAAACGAGGCCAUCGACUAUGAGGAUCUCCUGCAGCGAGAAGGCAGCAGCGUUAAGGACAGCAUUGAAGGGGAGGUGAAGGAUAUGAGUGAUCCCCUGCAGAUUACAGAUGCUAUCCAAUCGAAGAUACAGGGAAGUCGGGCCCAUGACUACUUCCUGUCCGCCAUGCAGCAUAUGCUCCUGAUCCGCGAGAACUCUGGUGAGGAUGGUCUAAGAAUGUUCCAACUUGUGGACGCCAUGCUCAGCUAUGUUGCUAUGGAUCGACGGCUCCCGGAUCUUGACCUACGCCAAGGCCUGAACUUCACAGUGCAGAGCUUACUAGAUCGGCUUCAUACAGACGCCGAGGCAAGACGAGCGUAUGAUGAAUCUUUGGAGGCACGUCAGAUCGCCGAAGCCGCUCUGGCUGAGCGCGACGAGAUGAAAUCGCAGGUGGAGCUGGGAGCAGACGGCCUGGUAAAGAAAUUACAGAAACAGAUCGAAGAACAGACCGGUAUCAUUGAACUUCAGGCCAGACAGAAUGAGAACUCGAAAGCUGAGCUGGCAGAGGUUCAGCGGCUCCGCGCCCAAGAGCUUCAGCGAAAUGAGCUGGAAACACGGGAGCUUUACCUGAUGCUUCGAGAUGCCCAGGAUAUUGCCGCGUCCAAUGCGAAGAAGAGCAACCUUGAAAAUAUGGAUCCAUCGCAAAUGCGUGGAAUCCUCGACCGGGAGAAGCUGCUUGAGAGGUUGGAGAUGCAACUUGAAAGGACAAAAACGCAGUUCAAACUUGAAGGAAAGGUUUGGGGUCAACAUGGACCCUCGGACAGAUUGCGGGAACUCCGAGAACAGAUGGACGGGGAUGGGGAGUUGACAGAAGCAUUCCAGGAGCAGGCUCGCCGUAACCUGGACACGACCGCGUUUGGAUCUGUUUACCGCAAGAGAAGCCAUGUACCUGGGAUGGAGCUGGACGCGGAGGUACUGUCAUCCUUGGAAGAGGCAGGAGCCGAAGAAGCCGUUGAAUAUGAGAAACCGCGUCUUGUGCACCUGCAGCGGCCUCGUAUGAACCCGGCUGAAGCAACCGGAUUACUGGGGGAAAUUGCGUCUAAAGUACCCAAAUAUGAUGCAGACGAACCAGAGAGUGGCGAGGAAACUCCUACCGUUCCCUCAACGACAGAGCCUGACACGAAGACUACCCCCGAGGAGGAAAGUACAGGUAAAGAUAAGGACGAAACCGGAGACAUCAAAACAGACGGAGAGAAAGCAGCACCUCCACCGCCGCCGCCUCCUCCUCCUCCCCCUCCUCCUCCUCCUCCGCCUCCGCCUCCGCCUCCGCCUCCACAUUCAGGCUUGGGGGCAGGCCCUCCACCACCGCCGCCACCGCCACCUCCUCCACCUCCUGGUGCUUUGAUGAAGGGUGUCCCUCCGCCUCCGCCUCCUCCGCCACCUCCGCCUGGAUUUGCUGGUGGAAUCCCGCCCCCGCCGCCACCACCACCGCCUCCGGGGGCUUUCGGUAUGCCUCCUCCCCCGCCGCCACCUCCAGGGGGUGUGGUUGGGGGUUGGAGAAGAGCCAACUACGUGCCAGAUGGCCCCUCUAUUCCAGGGGUUGUCAUGUCCUCUAUCAGACCUAAAAAGAAGCUCAAGGCACUCCAUUGGGAUAAAGUGGAUACUCCUCAGGUGACAGUGUGGGCAGCGCAUGCACCCACACCGCAAGAAAAGGAGGACAAGUAUACAGACUUGGCAAAGAAGGGUGUCCUGGAUGAAGUUGAGAGGCUCUUCAUGGCGAAAGAAACGAAGAUCUUUGGCAGCGGGACUGCAGCAAAACAACGAAAGGACAAGAAACAAAUCAUUUCGAAUGACCUGUCGAAGACAUUCCAAAUCGCUAUGGCCAAAUACUCCCAAAUUGCCGCGGACGAGGUGACGCGCAUGAUCAUUCACUGUGAUCCUGAACUCUUGGAUAACAUGGUUGUCAUGGAUUUUCUGCAGAGAGAUGAUCUAUGCGCCAUUCCAGAAAACGUUGCCAAACUAAUGGCUCCUUACAGCAAGGACUGGACUGGUCCUGAUGCUGCCAGUUCUGAACGUGAACAAGACCCAAAUGAACUCACACGCGAAGAUCAGAUUUAUCUGUACACGGCAUUUGAACUGAAUCACUAUUGGAAGGCUAGAAUGCGCGCCCUCGCAUUGACACGCUCCUUCGAGUCUGACUACGAACAUAUCUCUGCCAAGCUUCAAACCGUGGUCCAAGUCAGCGAGUCACUCAGGGACUCUGUUUCCUUGAUGAAUGUGCUCGGUCUCAUUUUGGAUAUUGGUAACUUCAUGAACGAUGCAAACAAACAGGCCCAAGGGUUCAAGCUGGGCUCCUUGGCUCGGCUAGGAAUGGUCAAGGAUGACAAGAACGAAACCACGUUCGCUGAUCUUGUUGAGCGGAUCGUCCGAAACCAAUAUCCAGAAUGGGAGGGCUUCGUGGACGAAAUCUCGGGUGUGAUCAAUCUGCAGAAGCUGAACGUUGAUCAACUCCAAACCGAUGCGAAGAAGUACAUCAACAACAUUAAAAACGUCCAGGCAAGCUUAGAUGCUGGUAAUUUGAGCGACUCUAAAAAAUUCCAUCCUCAAGACCGAGUGAGCCAAGUGGUACAACGGAGCAUGAAGGAUGCUCGACGCAAGGCUGAACAGUUGCAACUUUACCUAGACGAGAUGGUCAAGAGCUAUGAUGACAUCAUGGUGUUCUACGGGGAAGAUAAUACUGAUGAGAAUGCCCGUCGUGAUUUCUUUGCAAAACUGGCUGCCUUUUUGCUGGAAUGGAAGAAAUCGAAGGACAAAAAUGUUUCCCUGGAAGAGAUGCGGAGGCGGACAGAAGCGUCGUUGGCUCGCAAACGCAUCAACCCAGCGCUCGCGAACAAUGGCGCAUCCAGCGGAGAUAUACCGAAUUCGCCCGCCACUAGCGGUGCCAUGGACUCACUCCUGGAGAAGUUGCGCGCGGCGGCUCCCCAGGCUCGUGAUCAACGGGACCGUCGUCGGCGUGCUAGGCUCAAAGAAAGACACCAGGUUCGCGUUGCGUCCGGACAGAAAAUGCCUGAUAUGCUUGGAGCCGAGACCCCAAAGAACGGCGCGGAGGACGAAGCUGUUGAUCGACCCACUGCAGAGAACAACCUGCUAAGCCCCAACAGUGCCGAGGAAGACGAGAACCUUGCCACCAAAGAGACCCAAGUGUCCGAAGGCGAAGACAUUGCUGACCGUGCCGCCAGCAUGCUUCAAGGGCUCAGAACCAACACCGAGGCGGAUGGGGAGCGCGUGCGGCGCAGACGAGAAAGCGCAGAGGAAGAACGACGCAAUCGCCGGUUACGAAGGCGCAAUGGAGCUACCAAUGGUAGCAAAGACAGCGCGGAUACCUCCGUUCUAUCUCCAGUCAAGGAGCCAACCUCCCCGACGAGAACCGACCCUGCCGAGCCCGAUGAAUCCAGUCUCUCCGGCCUCGGACAUGAGGAAGAACCACCGUUAACACCGUCCAUCAUCGUGUCAGAUGACAUGGCGGACGAAACCGUUGAUCCCUCGUCUCCGAACAAGCCGAUAGAGUUGUCGGGUUGA